GAAGACAAUUUUUUCAACUUUCAAAACCCUCCUCUCAAAUCUUCCCCUGCACUCUCCCCAUCUCUCUUCUUCUCUGAAAUCCGAACUUGUCAAAUAAAAUGGCGCGUAAUAAGGAAGCAUUGAUUUUAUUGAUUGAUGUUGGUCCAUCUAUGCACAAACUUCUUCCAGAGGUUGAAAAAAUCUGCUCUAUGCUUGUACAGAAAAAGCUAAUUUUCGGCAAGUACGAUGAAGUGGGUGUUGUUCUGUUUGCAACUGAUGAUACUGAUAAUGAGCUGACAACUGAAGUGGGCGGUUAUGAACAUGUGGUGGUAUUACGAAAUUGUAAAGUUGUUGAUGGAGAUAUAAUAGAAGCGUUACAAAGUUUGCCCAGGGGAGCAGCUCCUGGUGAUUUUCUUGAUGCCAUUGUGGUGGGUAUGGAUAUGAUGAUAAAGAAAUUUGGUCAAACCAGCAAAGGAAAGAAGCGCCUUUGUCUUAUAACAGAUGCGAAAUCUCCCAUUAAAGAUCCAUAUGAAGGAACAAAAGAGGAUCAAGUCGACACCAUUGCUGCACAAAUGAAUGCUCAUGGCAUGAAACUGGAAUCAAUUAUCGUGCGGGGAAGAUCAAGUGGGGAUGCGGCUAAGGGCUUCAUGGAGGAGAAUGAUUCUCUAUUAGUUCAUUUCUCAAAAAAAGCUAGUGCAAAAACAGUUUAUGUUGAAAGCCCGACUUCAUUGUUAGGUGCAAUUAGAACAAGAAACAUAUCUGCAGUCACAACAUUCAGAGGAGACCUUGAGCUGAGCCCAAAAAUGAAGGUUAAGGUGUGGGUAUACAAGAAAACAGCCGAAGAGAAGUUUCCUACUCUGAAAAAGUACUCUGAUAAAGCACCUCCUACAGAUAAGUUUGCUACUCAUGAAAUCAAGGUAGAUUAUGAGUACAAAGGAGUUGAAGAUCCUACUAAAGUCAUACCCCCAGAACAAAGGAUCAAAGGUUAUCGUUAUGGACCUCAAGUGGUUCCUAUUUCAUCUGACGAAUGGGAUGCUGUCAAGUUCAAACCAGAAAAGAGCGUGAAACUUUUAGGGUUUACCGAUGCUUCCAACAUUAUGCGGCACUAUUAUAUGAAGGAUGUUUCCAUCUUCAUUGCUGAACCUGGCAACGCGAAGGCCACUGUUGCAGUUUCUGCCUUGGUAAGAGCAAUGGCGGAAAUGAAUAAAGUCGCAAUUCUCCGUUGUGUAUGGAGACAAGGUCAGGCGAGCGUAGUCGUUGGGGCUUUAACACCCAACCCUUCAAACGUAGAAAAUAUCCCAGACUCGUUUUACUUCAAUGUGCUUCCAUUCGCUGAAGAUGUUCGAGAGUUUCAGUUUCCAUCGUUUAGCAACUUGCCUUUGUCAAUGCAGCCGAAUGAGAAGCAACAAGAAGCAGCAGACAAUUUGGUUAUGAUGCUUGACCUUGCACCCCCAGGCAAAGAAGAAAUUCUGCGGCCUGAAUUUACACCUAAUCCUGUCCUUGAGCGUUUUUAUCGUGUGCUCGAGAUAAAAUCAAAGAAACCAGAUGCUGAAGUGCCUCCACUUGACACAACACUAAAACGGAUAACUGAACCUGAUCCAGAACUUCUUUCUCAAAACAUGCAAGUCAUAGAUGUAUUUUCCAAGCAGUUCGAGCUGAAGGAGAAUCCAAAGAUUAAGAAGUCUGCCAGACGAUUAUUGAAUGAAAAGCCCUCAGGUUCACAUAAAGAUGAACUGGACGGUGUGGUAGAUGCCGUUGGUCAUCAAGCAGUCCUUUCUCUUAAAAACAAAUCAUCACAAAUGGUUGACAAAGUUGGGAGUGAGACUCCAAUUGAAGAUUUUGAGGCCAUGAUGACACGUAAAGGUCGUGCAGACUGGGUCGAUAAAGCCAUCAAAGACAUGAAAAAUCUAAUAUUUGACCUGGUAGAGAACUCCUAUGAAGGGAAUACCUAUCAGAAGGCAGUGGACUGUCUGGUUGCACUUCGCAAGGGAUGCAUUCUUGAGCAGGAGCCUAAGCAGUUCAAUGAUUUUCUGCGCCAUCUUUGCAAGUUUUGCUCGGAGAAAUACCUCUCGUCCUUCUGCAACUUCCUUGCCUCCAAACAGAUGAGGUUGAUAAGCGACACAGAAUCUUCAGACAGUGACGUAACAGAUGAAGAGGCCGGAAGUUUCUUGGUCAAAACUGAACCGGGUGUUUAGAUGAAGAAAAAUCUUUUGUUGAACAUACAGUUGGAGAAAUAGACAGGUUGUGACAAAAGAACAUUCCUUUUUCCAGAAAGAAGUUGUAACGAGUUCUGUCAGCCAUUUUCUACCCUAUUUGGUUGAUGCAUUUUGUUCCCAUCGGUAACAUGUGUUAGAGAAAGUCAAGGCAGUCCUCCAAUUCAUGAUGUUGAGAUGCAGCUUUCCUUUUUGUAUGAACUUUUGUAUCUCUGGAUCUUGGGAUUCUUGCACUAAGGAAGCUUUGUAAAUUUUAUCUUCUCCACCAUGGCAUCAUGCGUGGACCACAACCUAUUCCUGACAUGCCAGUCAUUUGAUGUUCACGGAUAUGCUGAAAAAUUAGUGAAUCUGAGCUAGUGUGAUCUCUGCUCCUACUGUCUGUACAGUUCUAAAGAUGACAUUUCGAGUAUUUAUUUUUAUCUUUUUAAGAUCGAUUUGCAUUUC